AUGAGGUUGCAAGAACUUCAAGAUGCUAUAAACAAACUUCCAUUGAGACAUCCAAUUGACGUCAAAUUGUAUUGGAGAGCAUCUGAGUUAGGUCAGAAGGUUUUAUAUGAAACAGGUUGCUUCGACGAUGUUUAUGAGAUAACAGGAGAAGUUUCUCAGAAGAUAAGAGACUCACUUGAAUUUCCACAAACUGGACCAAUUGGUUGCGACAAGUUCGACUCAGAUGAAAAGAUAUACUAUGUCGACCUUAACGCUGCAUACAUGAGGUUUGUCCAAUAUAUUCCGACUGGAAUUCCAAACGAAGAUGGUGAGUUCCCGGGAAGGAACUAUACAGUUGGAAAAGUCAUACAACAACUGUAUGAUAUUAGGAAAGCUUCAAACCCCAAACUUGCAAUGACACUCAAAUUGCUUAUGAAUUCGACAUGGGGAUAUUCCAUUAAGAAACCUCAAGAGAUGAAGAGUAAACAUUAUGAGAAGGUCGACAACUUUGUUGAAAGGUUUUCUCCUUUUGUUUUGAAGUACGAAUUCACUCAAGGUCAAAGUGGCUUAGUAACCACAUUAAAACCUAUUGUCGAACAUUGGUCUUACCCUCAGUUCGCAAAGGCAGUCCUUGACAACUACAACAAAUUCUUCUCCGAA